UACUAUGUAUCAAUAUUAUUUUAGCAUCAGUAUUCGCAACAUCUUUGGCAAGCUUUUGUGGUAAACUGGGAGCAUUUGAUGCUUUAUGUAUCUAUGACGAUGCUGUCUUUUUUGUCUCUGUUUCACCCUGCCAUGAAAUGGAAGAUCCAUUUUCAGUAUCUCCAGUUGGAUUAACAAUUAUAAACACAUCUAAAUCAAUAAAGAAGUAUGACAUAACAACAUCUAAGGACAUUUCAAAACCUCUCUCAUUUGGUAGAACUGAUGUAGGCGUCAUGAUAGAAAUGCAUUAUCACUCAGCUGGCGCUAUGCGUGGCCAUCUCCAUAUUGAUCUUUCGCUUGGAAACUUUACUGAUAAUGGAGUUAAUUCCAGAAGGUCACUGUUGAACUUGUAUUUUUACACACAGAAAUUUGGACGAUGUAUAAAUUCCUUCUCAGGAUCCAGCUUUUACCCAUCGCCUGCUUGUCAAGAAUCAAAACGGACAGGGAAUUAUUCAACACUUUGCAUUUCAAAGCCAAGUUCAAGCGUGGAUAAAUCAAGUCAGGGGAUAUUCUUUAUUUCUGUGGAUCCUUGUACCAUGCCCAUGAGCUAUUGGGCUGUUGCUCUCUUUCCAAGUAAGAACAACACACACAUCAUUCGGCAGUUCACAGCUUCUAAAACAGACUCAUUUAUUCCAGUCGAGUCGGCAAAUUGUGGAUUUAAAGUUGAUGUUGUGCCAGAAUUCUCGGAAAACCACGUUCUAGCGGUGACAAUGCUUUAUGGCUGUACUGAUUCAUCAGCAGUUCAAUUAAUCAACGACUACUAUUUCCCAGAGCUCGGUGAAAUGUGCAUACCGUCCAAGUGCGAAGUUCUGAGCCCGAACAGUCGACGCUGCUUCUCCAACAUGCUUGUUGGCCAUCAAAAGACAGUUAAUAUGACCACAGAUAUUACAGUGGUGGAAUGCGGCCGACCGCACAAAGUUGAAAUUGUCAUGCGGAUGGGAAACCUGCAGGACGAACUGCAUGCGGAAUUCGAUAAUAAUCGGUUUAUAGCGACUUUUUCUUUGGCGGAAUAAACAAAACAACAGCGGUAGCACGUGAAGUCCCUCCGAUUGUGAAUGGUUAUAUUCCACAGUUUGGUGGCUAUCUUUCAGUGAAUAUUGAGCGAUAUUAUGAAUUGGAUUUGGGCAUCACUCACCACCACAGGCAUACGGAAGAUCGAAAUUUGAUGUAUAUCUUUAUCGACCGUAACUAUGGCAACAGAGGUUCUAAACAGAUGUAUGUCAAUCCAAUAAUUUUUGAAGAAAUUUCUCUGUCAUUUUGUAAAGACUCAUUACUACCAAGGCCACCUGGUGGACAUUCAACUUUAAGCGCUGCAAUGUCGGCUCUCGUAGCUAUAUCCGUUGUUGCUGUUGUUGCUGUUCUCAUUGGUUUCGUUGUCUACCGAAAGAUGCGACGGAAUAAGCAUGCGGAUGGACUUCCAUAUCAAAUUGAACUGAAUUACGAUGAAGAAACAGAUCCUUCAUUUAGAGAUGAUUUGUGAUCGACUUACAUGACUUUGUCUAAGAAAUUAGCUUGCAGAAGCCUGCAAAAAUGAGUUAGGUAGAUCGUUUUCCAAUUUAAACAUUAUUUAUUAAGCCUUGCUUGUAUUACAAAAGAUCCGAUUUAAGGUUUAGAGAGCAGCAAAAUUUAUUCAAAGUUUAAUGAGAUGUCUGCUUGAAAUGCUUUUAUUUAAUCUUAAUCAAUGAAUCUUAAUAAGUUAAAAUACAGCACCCAAAUCAACACAACUCUCUCCUUUUUCUUAGUAAUGAUUAAAGCAUUGAACCUUUUCUUUUGUUUUGUUUUCAAGAUAAACAGACCCAUUUUCUCUCUAAAAUAAUCUCGUGGAUGAAAACUUCAGUCAAAGAAAUAAGUCUCUCUUUCCCUCCCACUUUCGUUGUCGUGGAUCCAGUUGGUAUAUUUCAUGGUAUUCGUUAAUUACUUAUUUUCAAGGUAUCAUCAUGUAAGUAUAGAACAUGUGCUACUUCAAUUAUAAGCUUUGAAGUUCAUCCAUUUAUCUAGGCCCAGAAAGGGACGGGUAGAAAUAUCUUUACUCUAUAACCAACUACUCAGCUCUCUAUCUGGAAAAGAAUAUAUUGCUCUAAGUGUGAUGCUUAAACGUCGCUAUCUUAGUAACUUAAUUGCUGUAUUGACAGUCAGUCCAGUCUUGUACAUUAAAUGCAACUUUUGAGCUGAAAGGAAAGGCUUAGGAUUUGAAGACCAUGAUGUUUUGGAUGUGACUUGAAGCCUUAACCCCUUUAUCGAGCUUUCUCGAGUCUACGAAGUGCUAUAUAGCUGCCAAAAUUCUGCUGAUCUUUGGCCAUCUAUAUUUUAUGUGUAGGCACACAAAAUUUCGUAACGAUAUAUUUAUUGCCAAUGAAAAGCAGAAGGUGAAAUGAAGGCAUAAAACAAGAUAACAUCAAGUGUACCACACUUAAACUUGAAACGUUAAUAUCGGAAUUAUUUUAGCGACACUGUGCAUUUGAGGCCUCUUUUCUGUUACCUGAACAAAUUCAAUUCAUUUCAAGCUGUCAUCUUCUAGCAGUCCAAACGUUUGGCUCUUCAUCGGCUAACUCGUUAAAAUAAUAGUUUAUUCUUUCCUACCGAUUCUUGUGUAAAAUACCAUUGAAUAUUUGAUUCAAGUACAUGUUGUAUUGUUUUAUUCCCUUGUUUUAUUUCCAAGAUAUUUUUUACUUUUUGUCACAUAAAAGAUUGUAAAUGUUGAACUAAAGCGUCAGUCGUAUGGAAAGGCUACAAGAUGCGAAACUUGAAGUUGGUUACCCAUUCCAAAGACCGGUGGACAUUUAUUUUGGGGGGAGGACAGAAGGCUAGGGGGACUAAUUUUCCGACAAAUUUUGUGAGAUGGAGGCUCCAUUGACCUGAAAUAUCAAACUUUUUCGAUUUUUAAAAGAAUCAGGUGCCAAAGGGCUGUAGCUCUCCUGCCCUCUUCCACUUAAUCCUUCGCCCAGUACAAAAACGAUCCUACCAAGUUGCUGCUUAAAGUGCCACAAGUCCGUCUGUUUUACGGUCAGCGUUUUAGCUUUGCAAAAAGCUGUCAUAUUACCCGUACAGUGCAACGGAGAACUUCACAGUCAUAAAGACAUUCGUGUUACAUUCCAACAAAGACUGACCUUUUAGUUCACCACCUGUGUUUGUAUCCUCCCUUUCGUAUUUAAGCCAAAGCCCAUCACGUCUUGUUGACUGAUGAUGGCCUUUACAAUAUUUAAAACUUUGGAUAUUAACUAGUUUUUGAAUGCAUUUAUAUAGAAAGAGGUUGUUUUGCAAAUCGUUGUGAUUUCCAUAAAAAGGAAAGCCUGUUUAUUUA